AUGAAACUCUCAAGACAUAAGCAGAUACUGGAUAUUAUUCAUGGGGAGAAUGUCAAUAUUGAAGAGCUUAAGAAGCUGUCUAUUGAUGGGUGUCCUGAUUCAGAUGGUAUUCGUUCCAGAGUGUGGAAAUUUCUUUUGAAUUACCUCCCGUGUAGUGCUGCCAAACGUGAAGAACGGAUUGCCUUCAAUCGACGGCAGUAUGAAGGUUACGUAAAAGAGUUCGUAUUUGAAUCAUGUGCAGCAAACUCUACGCCUGCCGAUCAUCCACUAAAUUUGGAGCCUGAUGGAAGCUGGAUUACAUUUUUCAGAGAUAACGAAGUUCUACUGCAAAUAAACAAAGAUUGCCAGCGGCUGUGUCCGGAUUUUGAUUUUUUCCGACGCCCCACAGAAUUCUCGUGUUCAUCGUUAUUUGGAGAUGUACCUAUUGGAGUACUACGCAGAAGGGGUGAAAAUAGUGCUCUCCAGUCUCAAUCAUUAAAUAAAAAUCUUGUUGGUGCGAUGAAUAUGAUUCAUAUGUCCACUUUUGGUCCUUAUCAACCGAGUCAUCGACUGUCCUCAGGACUUGCAACUAACAUACAAAGGAGUAAAGGAAGUCGAAAAAAUGAAUGCAGUUUAACAUCACCACAUGAAGAACCACAUUGGGAGGUGAUAGAAAGAAUCCUGUAUAUCUAUUAUAAGACUCAUGUGUCUCAGGGUUAUGUUCAGGGGAUGAACGAAAUUAUUGCUCCAAUUUACUACGUCUUUGCCACGGACCCAGAUGAGUCUUGGAGAAGGUAUGCUGAAAUGGACACGUUUUACUGUUUUAACAACUUGAUGACAGAAAUUCAUCCUAACUUUAUAAGAAAACUCGAUGGUAGUCGUGAGGCUGGACUAGGUGGACAAAUGAAAAUCUUGUCAAAUCUGCUGUCUAGGUAUGAUAGCCAUUUAUCGAAGCAUUUCGCACAAAUUGAUCUCGUACCAGAACACUUUGCAUUUCGAUGGUUGAGUUUACUCUUGGCACGAGAAUUUAUGCUUCCAGAUGUGCUUCUUCUGUGGGAUGCACUCUUCUCAGAUCAACACCGGUUCGAUUUACUUCCUUAUGUUUGCUGUUCAAUGUUAAUUAAUGUUCGUGAUCAACUACUGAAAGCUGAUUUUCCUGUAGCUGUACAACUUGUACAAAAUUACCCUUCAAAUAUUGAUGUAAUGCAUAUUUUGUUGAAAGCAAGAGCAUUUUAUGCAGAACGUUAG